AUGAACAAAGUCGCCUCAAUUGUGUUUCUCGGUCGCAGCGCCUUGGGGCUGUCGACGGCUCUUCGCCUUGCGGAAGCGGGCUACACGAACAUUGCAGCCUUUGAGCGGGACAAAAAAGUACAUUCGCGGCACUCUGCAGCAGCUGACCUCAACAAGGUCGUUCGAGCAGAGGACCAGGACAUCUUUUGCACUUAUUCGACCUAG